GACACCUGUCAGUACCACACCCACUGCUAACACGGGUACUCCAUUCUGCACUUCCACGAGAGGUUCUUAGCGCAUCGCAGCUGAGCGGCACAAUGGCUAUCGUUCACAAUGACAUUGUUCAUUCUCUAAGGGCUUUCAGUUCGUUCAAAGUGGACGACUUUAUAGAUAGAUGUGAAGAGGACUUGUUCAGGUUUCGAUUGCCCCUUCUUCGUGAGGGUCUUUUCUCACACGAUUCCUUCUUCGCGUAUGUCCGUCAGAUCAUUGACGACGCGCUCAGGGAAAUGCUUAUGGCGUGGGACGACUUUGAGCAUCUACGUAAAAAGCAUCGUGAUGCAACCUUCCGUCUAUCAAGCAGCAUCCUUCGCUACACACAGCUGCGAUCACUAGGUAGAAAGCAAGACAGUUAUGGCGCUAGCACCGAAGACGUUGAGAGAGAGUUUAUUUUAGACGAAUGUGACUUCACAAACGAUGAACGGAUCUCCGAUGUGCUCAGUGAGAGAGAUCUGUUCCUUGAUGACACAGAUCUGUUCUCUGAGAAAAAUGAUAAACACAGCACGGAACUCUUUAAGAGACUCCUGCGUCAUGUACUUCUCCGAGGAGUUGCUCAGGUGAAGUCAGGAGAUGCUGAGAUGAAAUCAGAUGCUGAGAUGUUGUCAGCUGUGACGUCCCCAGACGGCGUCUUGACUGUUACGUCCCUCAAGAAGAUGCCAAAACUUCAGCUGCAGCAGAUGGGUUCAACCGGAAACUACAUGAUAGACGAAACAACUGAAAGGCAAAAGAAGGAAUUAGAGACGGUGAGAGAAGCACGGGAUCCCUCUCCCUCGCCGAGUGUAGCAUCGGCAGACUCCUGUGACUCCCUUAUAGGCAGACUGUGGACCUUCACCUCCCCUGAUGAUCUGUCUACCUCAUACCGGCUAAACUCAUCGUCUGAAUCAAGUGAGGAUCUCCAAGAGCCAUCUGGGGAACGAUAGCGUACGUUUUCCCCUUUUA